CAUGUUUGUUGUUGCGGAUACGGGUGUGAAAGAGCAGCUCUGGCCGUUUGAGAACUUUUGGUCAACUUGGAGCUUAUUAGCUAGCUAACUGAGACGCGUUAGCUAAUAGUAGACUUUAGCAAAGGCAGUGAAAACGUGAACGGAGGAAAAACACUCAGUUGAAAGUUUGGUGGAUUAUUUGUUGAUCGUAAGCACCAGGGAAGAUUAAGCAAGCAGGAUGGAUGCCACGGAGAAAAAUAUGACCCUGAAAGAGCUGCUUGAGAGAAUAGCUGAGCUGGAUUACAGUAAAAGCCAGCUGAGGGACCUAAAUGCUGAGAUGAGACACUGGCUGGAUCUUGCAGAUGAUGAGGUGACAACGUUGCGCUCAGAGAACGACCGCCUCAGACAACAAGUGAAAAGCCUGGAAAAGAUCAUCAGUGAAGCUCAGCAGGUUGAAGCAGAGCCUUGCAGGUCUGCCCUGUCUGAUAACCUUGAUGUAAAGAGAUUCAAUGAAAAGGAGAUUCAAGAAUUGGAGAGAGAAUCUACCAAGAUGAAGGAACAAAAUAAGAAGCUAACCGCAGAGCUCAAGAGCCUCCAGCAAGAAAGAGACCAGGAUAAGAGCAGCUUGAGCAAGUUCAGGGUUGCACUUCAAACCACUGAGUGGGGACUGGAAGAGGCUCAGUUAGAGCUGCAGCGUAGGGAUGAGGUUAUUCAUCAGACAAACUUACAGUUAAAGCACUCAGAGGAAACAUUUGAAGAGUUUUCCAACAUCAUAAAGGAUCUCAGGCUGACGAACCAGGAGCUGAGAAAGCAGUUGGAAGACAGACAGGCCGAAGCCUCAUUCGCUAUUCUGAAUGAUGUGAUGGUAGAAAAGGAAGGAUCUCUCAGUGCCCCUCUGUCCUUCGCAGAGGAAAUUAAGCUGCUGACCUCCUCAGCAGAAGUGACAGCCAGCAUGUCAGACUUCACAGAUCUUAGACAUGAGGAAACUGAGACUGAAGAGCAGCUGGAAUCUCAUAGUCUCACUAUGGACCUUCGGACUCAAAGGCGCGCUGGUAUCUUGGAGUCAGUCGGCCGGAGAGCGGGACUUUUUAUGCUGUUCAUCUUCAUUAUAAUUUUGGCCUUUGGGGCUUUGGGAAGCAGUACAGGAAACUUUUUUUCCAUCAACACCUUGUGGAGCAGCGCAGGGCUGAUGUUACAACCCUACUGCAGUGUGCAUUACGACGCUUUACCUCCUAUUUGAUCUGCUCAGUCUAAACCUCUUUUAAACAUGUUAAUUCCAUUUAUCUGGAUGACUGUGAAGUAGUGGGUUGUAGCUGGGUGUUUUCUACUCAGCAGACUAUAAGACCAAAAGAUUUAUAUUAAAUAUUUAUAUUUAUUAGUUUCAGAAGAAAACUGAAAAAUGUCCCUUUUCACUGAAGAUAUUUCAUAGUAACAUUAGUGAAAGGACAGGUGUAAAUAACAAAUUUCCUCACACCUCAUUUAGUUGAACUUUUUUCAUUUUGUCCCUAAUUGCUAGAUAAAAACUUUCAGGGAGCAGUUAAACCAACCAGUAACUCUUAACUUCUGUGUACAUAUGGUCGUCCAGUUAUUGUUUAAGAUACACUUAAAUAAAGUGAGCUUAAAAAAAAAAAAAAA